AUGCCUAAGAACAAAGGCAAGGGCGGCAAGAACCGCCGCAGGGGGAAGAACGACUCGGAUGAUAAGCGGGAGCUCAUCUUCAAGGAGGACGAGUAUGCCCAGGUGCUGCGCAUGCUGGGAAACGGCCGCCUGGAAGCUCACUGCAUGGAUGGAGUGAAGCGCCUGUGCCACAUCCGCGGCAAGAUGCGCAAGAAGGUGUGGGUCAACACGGGGGACAUUGUGCUGGUGGGGCUGCGCGACUACCAGGAUGAGAAGGCAGACGUCAUCCUCAAGUAUAUGGCUGAUGAGGCCCGCUCGCUCAAGGCCUACGGCGAGCUGCCCGAGAACAUCCGCGUGAACGACACCGACGCGCUGAAUGAGGAGGAGGGCGGCGAGAACGACGACUACAUCGAUUUCGACGACAUCAGCGGUGAGGGGGGGUGGCGUGUGCUCACACUUCGCUGCAGUGGUGCGGUGGUGCGUGGUGGCUGGGGUGUGUGA